CUCCUUUAAGUCACGGCAACAAAUGGCAUACAAGAAAAUCUGAGGUUGUUUCAAGACAUUUAAACAACAGGAGACGUUCCAAACCAGGAUUGCUAGAGGUGUCUUUGCCUGUGCUCAGACUUGAACCAUGGAACGACACUCCCAACCACUGAUGCUGUAUGCCUUCCCUAAAGGAGAAAAACAGUAAAGCAAGGUUGUUGCAGGAGGGUGAAAGUCCUGAUCUCAUGGUUGGGAUUGUGUUUGUCUCUGGCAUCUCCAGGGGAUGAACCUGUAAUCAACUUUCCAAAACCAACCAAAGUCACAGUGGACCAGCUCCCUCUAGGUGGCACUGGACAAACAAAGGCAGCGGAAGAGCAAUCUUCAGGUUUUCCAGAUUCCCCUCAGAGUAUGCUAUAUAGGAACGUUUAUAAAGAUGUGUUUAUUUUGUGCCUGUGUGUCCAGGGAUGCGCUAAAUGAGGCUGCCUGCAGGCACGGGGUAGGAGGGCAGAGCUGAGGGAAGAAGGCCUCUCUUCUGCUCUGGCUGCUGCUGAGUGAAACGGGAAGAGGCAGUGAGCUCAGGAGCACGCUGUGCUCACAUCACAGCACAGUGCAUCGUGAUGGCCCUGCUCACCCAUCUGCCUCCAGAGCAGCGUCACGUGAUGGACACACUCCUGUCCCUGGAGAUGCAGAUGUGGGACACGAGGGAGUGCUGAAUCUGGGCUCUUUUUGUGUCUCUUCAUUCCAGAAAUGAUGAUAAAACCACGCAUACUGUUGCAGUGCAAACAGAAAGGUGACUACUGCACACUGGCUGGAUUUCAGGCAGUCCUGUGCCGUUCCUACCAGCUCUCAGUGACCUGUGCUUGUGCUUCAGGAGGCUCACAACGCAGAUGGUAACAUCCACGUUCCUCUCUUCAGACAAGAAACAGGUUUCUCCUACUAAACUGAGAGAAAGGGGAACAAGAGACUUGCUCUGUUACUAGAAAGGCAGUGCUUACCACAGCUUCAAAACUGGGAGCUGUAUGUUAGGUUAAAAUUAUCAGAAGGACCAUUUGCUACGUGCACUUGCUGUGCUUCAGAUCUCAUCUGUCUGCGAAAUGCAGGUGAAAUGAGCACUUUUCAGAGUUGGGAUCUCACAUCCUGCCCCACAUCCCCUGACACCAGUUCUGGGCUAGCAGAUAACCCACCCAGCAGGACAGCACCCCAACAGGGGGGAACCAUCCACAAGGAUGGGAGCAUGAAAGCAGAGCCCUGCAGGGAGGCCAUGAGGAUGCACUGAGGUCUGCAGAUGGGCUCUAUCACACACUUCACCCCCAGCCCUCAGCAGAUCAGGUUUCUUCUGAGCAGAAGUCGAGCAGAAGUCUCUUCUAUGCUCUCCCUCCUGCUGUUGGCAUUAUAUGGGAGUUAAUAAACACACAAGGGCAAAGUCUUGCUGACAGCUUUCAGAUUCUUAUGAAAUGCCUACGAUGAGCAGGAUUGGGCUGCAGCACUCACCACACAGCUUUGCAAGGCCAACCUCGAGCCAAUAAUGCCGGCACCCCCAUACGAAGCCCCCAGAAGCACAACCCAAGGAGGACAAACUGCAAUGCAGGCACAGCCCCGAGUGGAAGCCCGUAACAGCAGGGCAGUUCCACUUCCCCAUCUCGGGGCCACGCUGCUCUGACGCCACCAGGGCCACUUCCUGGUGGGUUUGUGACACCAGGCGGGCUGUGGGAAGGCAGAUGUGCAGCCGGGAGGGGCUGGGAGAGGAAGGCAGACACUGCAGGGAAGGCUGGGCACACCGCAUCCACCUCGCACCGCAUCAUGUCGCUGGUGGAGACCAUCCGGCUGUGGCAGGAGGGGGUGUGCGCUGCAGAUGGCAAGGAGUGGGGGGCAGCCCUGAAGGCCUUCACCGCCGUCCAGAACCCACCGGCCAAAAUCUGCUUCAACAUCGGCUGCACCCACCUGGUCCUGGGGCAGCUGGCCGAGGCAGAGGAGGCGCUCACCCAGAGCAUCAGCUGUGACAAGCACCUGGCAGUGGCCUACUUCCAGCGGGGAUCUGUUUUCUACAAGAGACACAACUAUGAAAUGGCCAUGAAGGAUUUCAAGGAGGCUCUGGCCCAGCUGCGGGGCAACCAGCUCAUCGACUACAAGAUCCUGGGGCUGCGCUACAGGCUCUUCGCUUGCGAGAUCCUUUACAACAUUGCACUGGUGUAUGCUACCAUGGAGGACUGGAAGAAAGCCGAGGAGCACCUGACACUGGCAAUGAGCUCCAAGAGUGAGCCCCAGCACAACAAGAUUGACAGGGCGAUGGAAGCCAUCCUGAAACAGAAGCUCUAUGAGCCAGUGGCAAUUCCCACAGGGAAGCUGUUUCGACCAAAUGAAAAGCAAGUUGCUCAGCUGGAGAAGAAGGACUACCUGGGAAAAGCCAUGGUGGUGGCAUCCGUGGUGGACAAGGACAGUUUUUCAGGAUUUGCUCCCCUCCAACCGCAGGCCUCUGGGCCUCCACCCAGGUCCAAGACCCCAGAAAUCCUCAGGGCUCUCGAAGGGCAGCCGCACCGCGUCCUGUAUGAGUUCAUACCUGAAACUGCUGAGGAGCUGCAGGUCCUGCCAGGAAACAUUGUCUUUGUCCUGAAGAAAGAGAAGGACAACUGGGCUACAGUGAUGUUUAAUGGGAAGAAAGGGAUUGUCCCCUGCAACUUCCUUGAGCCCAUGGAGCUCCAGCACAAGCUGCACGUCCAGGAUGAGGCUCCUCCUGAGUUUGACAUCCCUGAGCCACCCAGCAGCACUGCUCCAAGGCCCCGGCGGCCAGCACCAGACUUCGUUCCUGUUGCAUCAACACAGCAGAGAGAAGCCAAUAAGGAAACCAAACCGGCCGUCCCCAAGCCCUGUGUUCUCAAGGUGCAUUACAAAUACACAGUGGCCAUGCAAGUCAAGCCAGACCUGUCCUACAAGGAGCUCCUGGGCCUGGUUUGCGACAAGCUGGAGCUGCAGCCUGAGCACACAAUGCUGAGGUACAAGUCUGCAGCUAGCAGAGAGCUGGUGCCUCUGAGCACACAGAACCUGGAGGCAGCUUGGAACCACAGCAAGGAUCGGUGCCUGACAGUGUGGUGCGACUGCACAGAGGGAGAAGGAUUUUUACCUGACAGCAAACCAGAGGAGUCGCAGAAGGCAACAGCAGAGACGGGACCAACCCAAGUGGUAGCGCAGUUCAGUUACGAGGCCACCCAACCCGAAGACCUGGAGUUUCAGGCUGGAGAUGUGAUACUUGUUUUAUCCAAAGUGAAUGAAGACUGGUUGGAAGGACAAUGCAAUGGCAAGAUAGGCAUCUUCCCCUCUGCUUUUGUUGUUUGUGAUGGUAACACUAAAGACCCAGAACUCUGAUUUCAGGAGUGUAAGGAGACGUGGACACUGAAAGAAAUUAAGAAUCCAAGCGUUGCAACUAAAAAGUCCCCACAUUAAUCCCUGCAUCUGAAAAUAUCCUCAAAUACUAUUGCUACAUGUAUUAAAAUCUUUAUUUGUGUGUGUUACCUUUUGUGUUGCUAUGUAUAAAACAACAACAAAAAAGUUGCCAGCAAUCUCCCUGCUAGGAGUACAGUCAGUCCCAAGGACCGUGCUUACCACCAGGCUUGGUAGCAGCAGCUCUGCCCCACUGACCUGCCCUGGGCAAAGCUUCCCCAGGGUAAAUCAGCCACUUGCCCAAGGAGGCUGUGGAUGCCCCAUCCCUGGAGGCAGUCAAGA